CAAAAAUUUUGCAAUGUUUGGGGAGAAAGCGUUGGAACUUGUGAAAGAAUUAAAGCGUUCUGGAGAUGGCUCGCUUCCUCCUUACAACGAAGACUGUAUGCGACAAGUACUGGAUGAAAUGAAAGCAUUAUUUGAACAGAAUCAGAAAGAUGUCAGUGCUACAGUGGCAGGCGAGGGCGGUCGAAUUGCUGGCGUUCAACUGAGACAUGCGAGCCUCGAACGAAACAAACGCUGUCUUCUAGCUUAUGUAUACAACAGGAUGGAAAAAAUACGCGAUAUGCGAUGGGAUUUUGGCAGUGUUUUGCCUGACGACGUUAAAAAUAACUUAAACGAGCACGAAUUGAGCUGGUUUGGCAGAUAUAAUCGAAGUUUAGCCAAGUAUAUGAGAUCUGUUGGAAUAGACAUUACUCAGGAUAGUAAACCGCCAAAGUCGCUGUAUAUUGAAGUGCGAUGUCUGGUGGAUUAUGGCGAAUUUGAAACCGAGGACGGGAAUGUUGUUUUGUUGAAGAAAAACUCACAGCAUUUACUACAUCGGGCAGAUUGUGAACAUUUAAUAAGACAGGGUAUAUUGGAACAUAUUAUUUGAUGGAUAAUAGGAUGUUUUAUAGAGGAGGGGGGGGGGGUGAUAUAACCUGACUCAGAAACAAUAUUAGUGAGGUUUGGAUUUGACUUCCACUACUGCUACCUUUUACUCGCUUAGUAUGCAUCUGAUUGGAUAAUCUGGCAGAUUGAACACAUCUCAUUGGUUGAUGGUCCCUUAUGGUAGUUGGAAGUCAAAUUUUGUGUUCAAUUCUACAAAUUGUUUGAUAUGUUUGGCUUAUGACACUCGAUGAAGCGAUUAAUUAAAAAUACUAGUCAUUGAACAUUUGAAAAAUGAUUUAAAUCCUAAUAAAAACGAACUAUGCGACU